GUUUAAACUGUCGCUGUCAUCAUGCGACUCAAAAUCUCGACAAUUCAUCCGUUGGGCCCGUUCAAAGCAUGGUUUGCUCUAGACGAUGAGGCCCACACAAUCGCGCAACUCAAACGCGCGCUAUGUACACGGCUGCCCAUUGGUAUGCAAGCCGAUAACAUCACUCUCGUGAUGGACGAGUAUGACCUUCUGGACGACAGUCCUAUAUCGAUUUUACGCGAUGGGGACGCUGUUUGCAUCAAACGCGCAGCAGCAACAUCCCAAGCUGGUUUGUCGAGUAACAGGGUGCCCUUGCCUGCCACUCAGAAGCGUAAACGCCGUGCAUCUACAUCCUCGGAACCUUCGUCCAGCUCAUCCUCAAGUUCUGACUCAUCUGACGACUCAUCCAGCUUAUCCGACUCAUCCAGUUCCUCAGACUUGGACUCCGAUUCAAACACGGAUGAGGUUCCAAAACCCUCACGGCAGCCCUCUGAGUCAGGGAAAUGCAUGAACGCAACUACAAAAUCAAAAACUGUGCAAGACAACAUCUCGUUUGUCCCCCCAGGUUACGGUAGGCCUUCCACCCGCAAUCGCAAUCUCCGCAGACGGCGAAAACGUGUGGCGGAGCACAAUCAAGACAAACCUUUAGCACCCAUAUCUGGUGCUAAUGCUGUCCUACCCCUUUCCAUUCAGCAGAACUCCUCAAUCCAUACCUCUUCUGAAGUCUAUGUUGUAGAUGCAGAGCCCGAGUCUGAGCCCAACGUGAUGAUGGUGUCCCUGCGGAAUAAAAAUAAGAAAAAGAAUUUCCGCCAGCUUAUGGACAAACCCCUCCCUCCAAAGAUCGUGUUUUCGGAGCUUGAAAAUGCCCCCGCACAAGCUGAGCCUCCAGAUAAGCUUGUACCUGCUGGAACUUCAAAUUUAGAAGAGGUUGCAGUGCCUCCCAUCAAGCACGCAAGGCUGAUUCCUCCUUCGGAACGGAAUAGCUUGCCAUCGAAUAUAUUCGUGACAAGUGUAGAUGUAGAGGAAGGUAAACGGCCGAAGAAGAAACGGAGAUCAAAAGAGGAGCUUGCCACGGCUUGCUACGACAAUGAAUCGUGCACCGCCGAUUUCAGUCUCGAUUACGGUUCGGCUGAAGUGCCGAUGGCAAACCCAGACGAAGUCUCUUACCUUCGUGCGGACCAGCAGUGGGACUUACUUCCAAAAAUCACUAGCGCGUUACAAGUGGCAGUAGACAACAUUGUUGCAUACAAGGCUCUUGCCAUCAAUCCUAUGACGUGGACUCCCGAGAUGCUGAUAACAGUCGCCCGCGUGACAUCUGUAUCUUCCGCACAUCUCACUACGACCCGUUUACAGCGGCCUGUUCAAGUUUCAUUCGGUGGACUGAUAGAUGUGACAGAACCUGCCGAGGAGGAUGAGACACACACUUGGGUAGAUGUUUUGUCCCAGGACUGGCGUGUCAUGUGAUGAGUAGUUGCCUGUUGCCUGUUGCCUGUACAUACUUACUAGCGACAUGUUGGUUGUUGUGCGAUCUGAGAAGUAAAGGAGAACGGUUUCAAGAAGACUCGGGCGCUCGCGUGGUUUGCGCGUUGGGAACUUAGCACGACCUUGCUGACUGUAUAUGUACAUGACAUCAAAAACAUGUGGGGACAACAGA